ACAUUUAGCUGACUAAUAUAUUUUCAUUGUUUAUAAAACACCGUCAUCAAGACAACGUUACGUGCUAUUAAAACCAUAUAUAAACCUAUUCAAAAAAGGGACAUCAUUCCAAUGAAGUCUUUUCAUAAUGGAUACAUUUGUGAGUCGGACAAGGAAGGGCCCUAUUGACUGGGCAACAGAUGAGCAGAGAGAACCUGGCAGAAAUAAAAUAGAAGAGAAGUGCAACCAGGAUAUCAUAAAAAACACUGUGAAAGAAGAAGAGGAUGAUUAUUUCACUGGGUUCCUGGAACCUAUUCCUUGGCAGAAGAUUGAAGCAGAGGGACUGGACUGUGACUAUGCUUUACUCUUCCCUAAACAGGAAGCAGACAAACUCUACACACAACUAGAGGAGGAGGUGGUUUACCUAACAGGGGAUAAAACAAAGAUUCAGGUAUUUGGAAAGGUGUACAGUGUCCCAAGAAAGCUGGCAACUUAUGGGGAUACAGGACUAACAUACACCUAUUCUGGAUUGAGUCAUCAGGCAAGCCCAUGGACUCCAACCUUGAGGUACAUUCGGGAUGCUGUUACAAAGGCAACAGGGCAUGCUUUCAACUUUGUUCUGAUCAACAGGUACAAAGAUGGGCAUGAUCACAUGGGUGAGCACCGUGAUGACGAGAGGGAACUGGACCCCCUCUGUCCUAUCGCCUCUGUAUCUCUGGGAGCGCCCAGGGACUUUGUAUUCAGACACCAAGAGGCACGGCGAAAACAGCACAGACGGCAGAUCAACCCGGUGAAGCUGGAACUUGCCCAUGGAAGUCUGCUUCUCAUGAACUCGCCAACUAACACCCACUGGUACCACAGCCUGCCGGUUCGCAAGAGGGUCAUUACACCCCGCAUCAACCUCACCUUCAGGCGAAUCCUACAAGAUGGCAAAAAAUAACUGUUAGACAGGUCAUCAGUUUCACUUGGUUAUGGCUAACUGGGUGGUAUAAUCACAGCAAAUACAUCAUGGGUCGGGACUAAAGGUCUUGAUGCUACCUGACUGAAAUGUAUGUGGUUUUUAUAUUAUAUUUGAAAGAAAAGAAUUCCUGAUUAAAAUAAAUCUCUCUAAAUCAA